GAGGCGGGCUAGACCUGCCGGUGGACGGGUCGCAAGACCUGGGAAUCUGACACGUGACCGUCAGACCUCUGACUAGGAGAGAGGAGCCUUGAAAGCGCCAUGGCUCGGAAGAAGGCUCCCUGUUUUCCCUCUCUGCUCCUGUCGCUCCUGUCGCUGCUGUUGUCCCAGGCAGACGCUCGGUCGUUUGUGGUGGAUCGGGAACACGACAGAUUCCUCUUGGACGGGGCCCCAUUCCGCUACGUGUCCGGCAGCCUGCACUACUUUCGGGUCCCUCGCGUGCUUUGGGCAGACCGGCUGUACAAGAUGCGACUGAGCGGUCUCAAUGCUGUCCAGUUUUACGUGCCCUGGAACUACCAUGAGCCAGAGCCAGGGGUCUAUAACUUUAAUGGCAGCCGGGACCUCGUUGCCUUUCUGAAUGAGGCAUCUAAAGCGAAACUGCUGGUCAUCCUGAGACCAGGACCUUACAUCUGUGCGGAGUGGGAGAUGGGAGGUCUCCCAUCAUGGUUGCUUCGAAAACCUAAAAUUCAUCUGAGAACCUCAGAUCCAGAUUUCCUUGCUGCCGUGGAUUCCUGGUUCAAGGUCUUGCUGCCCAAGAUAUAUCCAUUUCUCUACCACAAUGGGGGCAACAUCAUUAGCAUUCAGGUGGAGAAUGAAUAUGGUAGCUACAAGGCCUGUGACUUGCACUACAUGAGGCACUUGGCUGGACUCUUCCGUGCAUUGCUUGGAGACGAUAUCUUGCUCUUCACUACAGAUGGACCAGAAGGACUCAAAUGUGGCUCCCUCCAGGGACUCUAUAGCACUGUAGAUUUUGGCCCAGCUGACAACAUGACCAGAAUCUUUAAUUUGCUUCGGAAGUAUGAACCCCGUGGCCCAUUGGUCAACUCUGAGUACUACACAGGUUGGCUGGAUUACUGGGGCCAGAAUCAUUCCACGCGGUCUAUUCAAGCUGUAACCAAAGGACUGGAGAACAUGCUCAAAUUGGGAGCCAGUGUGAACAUGUACAUGUUCCAUGGAGGUACCAACUUUGGUUACUGGAAUGGUGCUGAUGACAAGGGACGCUUCCUCCCAAUUACUACCAGCUAUGAUUAUGAUGCACCCAUAUCUGAAGCAGGAGACCCCACACCUAAACUUCUUGCUAUCCGAAAUGUCAUCAGCAAGUUCCAGGAAGUUCCCUUGGGACCGUUACCUCCUCCAAGCCCCAAGAUGACACUGGGACCUUUGACUCUGUACCUGGAUGGAGAUUUGCUGGCUUUCCUAGAUUUUCUCUGCCCUGAAGGACCCAUCCAUUCAGUCUUUCCACUGAGCUUCGAGGCUGUCAAGCAGGACCGCGGUUUCAUGUUGUAUCGGACCUAUCUGACCCAUUCCGUUUUUGAGCCAACACCACUGUGGGUACCAAAUAAUGGAAUCCAUGACCGUGCCUAUGUUAUGGUGGAUGGGGUGUUCCAAGGUGUUUUAGAACGAAAUAUAAAACACCAACUGUUUUUGAUGGGGGGAUUGGGAGCUAAAUUGGACAUCCUGUUGGAAAACAUGGGGAGACUCAGUUUCGGAUCUAAUAGCAGCGACUUCAAGGGCCUAUUACAGCCACCCAUUCUGGGGCAAGUAAUCCUUACUGAGUGGAUGAUGUUCCCUCUGAAUGUCGAUAAGCUUGUAAAGUGGUGGUUUCCCCUCCACUUACGGAAAGGGACAAAACCUCAAACUCCCUCUGGCCCCAUCUUCUACUCUACAACAUUCCCAGCUGCAGGUCCAAUUGGGGACACAUUUCUCUAUCUACCUGGAUGGACCAAGGGCCAAGUCUGGAUCAACGGGUUUAACUUGGGCCGGUACUGGACAAAGCAGGGGCCACAAGAGACCCUCUAUGUGCCAAGACCCCUGCUUUUUCCUAGGGGAGGCAUCAACAAAAUCACAGUGCUGGAGUUAGAAAACGUGCCUCCCGAACCUCUGAUCGAAUUUCUGGAUAAACCCAUCCUCAAUAGCACAACACAUACAACAUACAUCUAUUCUCUCUCUGUUGAGGCCCAAAGCGCCUCAGAACCAAUGCAGUUAAGUGGGCACUGAAAGCAAAGGUGACCCUUGGACCUUGGACAUGGAGUGAGCAGGACCCUUUCUUGGCCACAGUGACCCUAAGGAACCAAAGGCCAAAAUGCCUCUGAAUGUAAGUCUGAGUGCAGUCUCUUUGCCAGCCUUUAUUGUGAUUAAAGUUCCAGAGACAGUACCAG